AUGGCGAACACGCCGCCAGCCACCCAGCAAAAUAGCCGAACGUCCACUACGCUUUCUCAGCAACCAACGCUGGUAACAUCGACUCCACCUGGUCAGCAGCCUCAAUCAAACAAAGUUCCAAGCGCAGCAUUCAGAAGCGCUCUCGACGAGUUCCAGAAGCGAUUGACCAAAGAUGAAUUAGUCGGCUUCCAGACCACAACCUACUCCCAAUUUUGCGAUGAGCUGCAUGUCCUACAAGAGAAGCAAAUAAAGCGUAGAGAGGUCAUGAACCUCUCUCGCAUAGCAGGCUUUCUUGAGGAUGCGUACGAGCUGAUUGGAGAACAACUGCCGCUUCUUCUCGAGCGGGAAUCGCUUGUCAGGCGCAAUAUCCAUAUGGAGAAGGCUCUGGAAUCGAUAUAUAUGGACAUACUGAAGUUUCACCGACAAGCACUUCGCUUCUUCCAAGGCAACAAUAUGGAGGAUUUGCGUGAUCGCCUACACAAACAAAUAAAGGAGGAAAAGGAGAAGGAUAUGGUUACAGUCGUGACGUGGUUGUCUGUCGGCAAACAGGCAGAAGACGAUCACACAGAAUACCAGAAGAUUCGAAGCAAUUUCUCUACAACAGCUACUUGGAUCUUUAAGCAUGAGUACAUCAAGGACUGGAUCAACUCUACCGUGCCAGAAACUUCCUUGCUGUGGAUGCAUGGCAUUCCUGGUGCAGGAAAGACAAUCCUUGCAUCAGCGAUAAUUGACAACUGCAGACAAAAGCAAGAAUUCAUGACUGCUUUCGUCUACUGCCACGAUGGCGAUUCGAACAGCAACUCAGCUGUCGCCAUACUAAAAGGCCUCGCAAAUAUGCUUCUUGACCAUGGACAGGACAAAGACCUUCUCCUUUCGUUAUUCCACACAAAACGAUUCUCUGGAGGCGAUCCAACACUUCGAUCGAUAAAAACUAUUAAGUCGCUGCUGGAGCAGUGCUGUGCAAUUGUGCCAAAACUGUUCUUUGUGGUUGACGGACUCGACGAAUGCGAUCCAAACGAACGACGGGAAGUCCUCAGUGUUCUUACCAAACUCGUGAACGAUUUGGAACCCGGUAGUCUUCGCGUACUCAUUGUCAGUCAGCACUUCCCAGACAUACAACGCGGAGUUGAAGGCUCUGGCUCAGCUCAAUUGGCACCCAGAAUCAUCCGAAUUACUGAGAAAGAGGUAGACAGCGACAUAGUCACGUACAUAAGAGCACUGGUGGAGGAUAUUGCAACCAGGAAUUCUUCAGCUGUUCUGACCAACCUGCUCGCUUUGCCAACACGAAUGGAGGUCAUAAAUGCCAUUCAGCAUGAGAGUUUUCCGCAAGGUCUCAAAGAAGCAAUCGACCCAGAUGACGGGCCUCGAGAGCUCCGUCAACACAUGUUAAGCGGUCACUUUGCCUUCCAGGAUUAUGCUAUUGCUACUUGGUUCCAUCAUGUGAACGCUUUUGUUCAGAAAGGAGAGCAGUUUCUCCGUGACGCUGAUGAAAAGGAAAAGCAUCUGAAUGAUCUUUGGGAAGCUCUCGAAGAGUUCACAUCGUUCCACCAAGAAGACUGGUACGGCGGCAUCGUGCAGAGCUGUUCAGAAGCUUGUGGCAUGUUUCGACCAUACAUGCUCUACGAAGUUUUGGUGCAAAUAAAGUCUCACAUCUACACAUUCCAGCAGAAAGGCUUUGAUGCUCGGCACAAGAUUAGCAUCCAGGGCCUCGACGCCGCGCUGGAGCGCAACAGAAAGAUUCUCGAAGAUCCGCCCAAAGACAUGGCCCCUGCCGAAAAGGUACUAUACACUAAAUUCUACGACGACAAGAAACUGUUCAAAUGCACGAAGAUCACAUGCCGAUAUUUCUCACAGGGGUUUUCGGACAAAAAAGCGCGCAAAAGACACGUCAACAUCCACGAUCGUCCAUUUCAAUGCGAAGUGAGGGAUUGCCUCGGCCAAGAAGGCUUUGCGAACGAGAAGGACCUCCGUAACCACAAAAGAUCCUUCCAUCCAGACAUGUGCGAUCUUGCCGAGUCGUUCAAAUCCUCCAUUGCCAAACGCACAAACGCAGGGCAUGCGUGUGGUUAUUGUGGGAAGACCUUCACGCGCAAAUUUCAUCGUGAAGACCACGAGAAGAGCCAUCGUGGCGAGAGACCUCAUGUUUGCUCGGAGUGUGGGAGGGCCUUCACGCGAAGAAAUGACUGUGAGCGACACAAAAAACUACACGAGCGCGGCAGAUAA